AUGCGCGGACGCGGGGGCGCCCGAGGAAGCAGAACACCUUCUGCACCAUGGAGUCGUCUUAAACCAGUGGAUUUGGACCCGCUAGAGUCGAUGGGUUUGCCGUCUAAAGGUGAUAGUAGAUUGCUCGAUUUCAAGACUCAAGAACGUUACUACACCAAGAUUGUCGAACGCUACAUGACCUUUUGCUCUGAUGCCGGCGAACGUGAUGAACUCCUCCGCCGCUUCGCAUCGUUAGAGCUCUCGACUAUCUCUAAGCACGAGAAUUCCAUCGCGAAAGUUAUCCCUAGUUCCUCCUCUUUGGUUUCGAAUCGACUUUCAAUGGCACCAGCUACCAUACCGAGUAAUACGAAAGGUUUAUCCGAUGUCUUGUCAGCGUUGAGGAAGUUACGAGAGGGCAUUGUAGCCUCUAAGCGUGUCGACGACUUUGCUAUUCAAGUGUACCUCUUUUGUAUUCGACUUUCUGUUUUAGUCAGGCAUCCUGAAUCAUAUCAUCCAGCCAUCCUUCACCUACUGCGCCGAAUCCAGCCGCUGCAUAGCAUGACGUCGGUCGAGAUGAGCGAAGUGGUUGGUUAUCUUGUCCUUGACACGGCGUGUAGGAGAAACGACUUAGCCGAGGCAUUUGCCGUGCGACACAAGUAUCGGCUGAGGGACGCAAAGGUUGAUAUGGUUCUCGAUGCGCUAGCACACGACAACUAUAUAGAAUUUAAUCGCCUGAAGAGAAGGGUUGAUGGACAUAAGGCGAAGCUACUGGAAUACGCUGAUGAAGGUAUGCGGAAACACCUACUCAAGUGCUUCGGGAGGGCGUAUUUGAGCGUGGACCUGGACUUUUUGGAGUCAUGCGCAGACUCUAAAUGGGGAAGCCUCACGGCAGAGGACGGUGUCGGGUGGGAACUAGAUGGUGGGAAGGUUGUCAUUAGAAAGGUCAAGGCUCGGUAA